CGUCUGAUGUUUGCAGCUCCUCCGACUGUGUCACAGGAAGCGGCUCGGUGCGGACGGGGGUGGGAGAGUUGUUCGGAAACACGCGGUUCUGGCACGGAAAGGAUUACUGCAACUUUGUGUACAAGGACUGGAUUCAGCUGGAAAAACCCUUCGACGAUUUCAUCGACAGACACACAACUCCCAGAAUGCCCUGGCAUGACAUCGCGUCGGUGGUUCACGGCAAAGCAGCUCGGGACGUGGCCAGACACUUCAUCCAGAGGUGGAACUUCACCAAGCUCGUGAAGCCAAAGUACCGCUCGCUGUCGUUCCCCUAUCUGCUGCCCAAGUCUCACACCACAGCAGGAGAGCAGCGCUACCAAGUCCCCAACUGCAUCCCCACCAAAGUACAGAUCCUUCGCUCGGCCUCCGACUGGUCCGCCGGCAUCAAGUACCACGAGGAGUCCAUCCACAACGCCUACAUCCACGCCAUCCAGAACAGCCAGCACUUCAUCUACAUCGAGAAUCAGUUCUUCAUCAGCUGCGCAGAUAACCGGCACGUUUUCAACAAGAUAGGCGACACUAUUACCGAGCGAAUCAUCAGAGCGCACAGGGAGGGUAAAAGAUACCGAGUGUACGUGGUGACGCCUCUGCUGCCGGGCUUUGAAGGAGACAUCAACACAGGAGGAGGCAGCGCCCUCCAGGCUGUCAUGCACUUCAACUACAG